GCCCCUAGAAGCGGGCGCGGGAACCAGACGUCGCGGCCAGGCCCGAGGUGGGGACCCCCCCGGGCCCGCCCCGGCCCCCUCAGGCCCCUCGCCCCUCCUCCCUGCGCCGAGAGGGACUCGUCCGCACGGCUGAGGGAGGCAGGUGCCCAGCGCGCCCCGGAUGGGCGUCGUGGGGCCGGGCUACCGACAGAUGUUGACGGGCACCGAGCCGAUGCCGACGGGCGACGAGGGCCGCGCGCCCGGAGAUCCGCAGCCGCGCAGCUACUUCUACCCGGACCCGGGCGCACCCGACACGGGCGACCGUCGGGGGACUGGCGGCCUCGGGGCGCCCUACGCUGGGGGCGCCCUGGUGUCCGCGCCUCCGGGGCGCUUCCUCGGCGCCUACGCGUACCCGCCGCGGGCCCCGGCCGCCGGCUUCCCGGGGACGCCCGAAACCUUCCCGCCGCCCGCCGGCGCCGACGCCUUCCAGCACCCCGGGGACGGCGGCUACGCGGUCCCCGACCCGCGCGCCGGGCUCUACCCGGGGCCCCGAGACGACUUCGCACUGCCCGCGGGGCUCGAGGUGUCGGGGAAGCUGAGAGUGGCGCUCAACAACCACCUGCUGUGGUCCAAGUUCAACCAGCACCAGACGGAGAUGAUCAUCACCAAGCAGGGCCGGCGGAUGUUCCCCUUUCUGUCCUUCACUGUGGCCGGGCUGGAGCCCACCAGCCACUACAGGAUGUUUGUGGAUGUGGUCCUGGUGGAUCAGCACCACUGGCGGUACCAGAGCGGCAAGUGGGUGCAGUGCGGCAAGGCGGAGGGCAGCAUGCCAGGGAACCGCCUCUACGUGCACCCCGACUCCCCCAACACCGGCGCCCACUGGAUGCGCCAGGAGGUCUCCUUUGGGAAGCUGAAACUCACCAACAACAAGGGCGCCUCCAACAACGUGACCCAGAUGAUUGUGCUGCAGUCCCUGCAUAAGUACCAGCCCCGGCUGCACAUCGUGGAGGUGACCGAUGGCGAGCCCGAGGCCGCCUGCACCGCAGCCAACGCGCACACCUUCACCUUCCAAGAAACGCAGUUCAUCGCCGUGACCGCCUACCAGAAUGCAGAGAUCACACAGCUGAAGAUUGAUAACAACCCCUUUGCCAAAGGAUUCCGGGAGAACUUCGAGUCCAUGUAUACGUCUGUCGACGCCAACGUGCCCUCUCCACCUGGACCCAACUGCCAACUGCUCGGGGGAGAUCCCUACUCCCCUCUCCUCUCCAGCCAGUAUCCCGUCCCCAGCCGCUUCUACCCUGACCUCACCGGCCAGCCCAAGGAUGUGGCUUCACAGCCCUACUGGCUGGGCGGCCCCCGGGACCAUGGCUACGAGACGGACUUCCGUGGUGUCGGCAUGAAGCCGGCCUUUCUGCCCUCGGCGCCUGGACCGGCCAUGCCCUACUACCGCAGCCAGGAGGUCCUGGGCCCCGGGGCCGGGUGGCCCGUGGGCCCACAGUAUCCCCCAAAGGUGGGUCCGGCCAGCUGGUUCCGCCCUAUGCGGACUCUGCCCAUGGAACCUGGCCCGGGCAUGCCAGAGGGCCGGGCCCCGGACGAGCAGGACUCUCCGUCCCUGUGGACUGAGGUCACCCCUCUCCGGCCAGAGCCCUGUGACUCAGGCCUGGGUGAAGGAGACUCUAAGAGGAGACGGGUGUCCCCCUACCCUUCCAGUGGCGACAGCUCGUCCCCUGUGGGGGCCCCAUCUCCUUUUGAUAAGGAUGCAGAAAGCCAGUUUUAUAACUAUUUCCCCAACUGAGCAGAGAGUGCAAAGCCGGGAAAGGACAGAUCUGGUGUUGUUAGAUCUGAGGCUACCGAGUCACCUGGGAGACAGAACCCAGGCAGAAAGGCCCCCUCCCUCGCUGCUGUUCUCCUGUAGUGAUGACUGGGGGUGGGGUGGGAGGGAGGCCAAGGAUUCUGGGGUUCGUUUGCUGCAUCCUGGAGUGUCACUGCUCCGUCACCUACCCAGACUGAAGCCACCUCUGCCGUGGAGAACAGAGAUGGCCAUGCCAGGAGGCCUGGGACGCAGGGAGCCAGGAAGGGGCUGGGCCCCGGCCACCAGCUCUCGUCCUCCACGUGGGGCAGCUCCAGGGAGGUUUCCAUGUGUGUGGCUGAUCUGAAGGAAGACACACAGACUCUGCAACGGUCAGCCAGCCAGCGCCAGGGAACAGCCUGAGACUGUGGGGAGCUGGCCGGGCCCCCUUAGGGGACAGGACCCCGGUGAGCAGAGGAGGGGGCUGGCAGGCCAGGGGUCUCGGUUGUACAUGUGUGCUUCUUUCUUUUCUUUCUCCUUUUUCUUUUUCUGAAUGGGGGAGGCUAUUUAUUGUGCAGAGAGUGUUGUCCGGGUGCUUUUCUACUAUCCCCAUCACUUUCUGGAAAUAAACG